AUGAUGGACAUGGAGACAACAAGUAGCUCAGUACCUGUCUGCAGACAAGGUCUGUUCAUCCACACAGGAAACUCACUUAUGCGAGACCACCCACUGUCCUGUGAGAGACUGCUUCAUGUUGGUCAGCUGAACUUGACACACUCGGAUAUAAGGUCACCCAGGUUUCAAGAUUCAGUAGAUUCUGCUGCUCCAUGCCUGAAUGGAAGUCACCCGGCUCAGCACAUUAAACAAGAAUGCCCGAGUGAUUACAAGGUUCUGUCUGAGGCUUCCACACAUAGGAGGAUUACAGAGGGGAUGGAGCUGAGAGCCUCCGGUAGUCUGCAUCCUGAAAUAGACCUAAUGAAUAAUAGCUUCACAAAUUCACUUUCAUCCUACUUGUUUAAUAAUGAACAUAGCUCCUCCCUGGGUUCUUUGUCACUUGGCACCCCUCAGCACUCGGCCAGGCUACAAACAAGCAACCUGAAGAAGAGAUGCAUCUCUGUUGUGCCGUCUUCAGCUGAAGGAAUUGAUAUUACAGCUAUCAUCCGCACAUCACAGACGUCACUGGUCACCUGUGUGAAUGGACUGCGAACUAAUUCAGCUGGCAUUUCCUCUCAUCCUGUGGAGAUCAGUCAUCACAGUGCUCAAAAAUCCUCUCGUCCCCAGUCUUGCUCUCAGCCUGGGAACCCUUGCAGUAUUCCCUCCCCUCCAGCAUGUCUUGUACCUCUUUCCACUGAAUGUGACAGAGGUGACUGUGAGCAGAUACAAAUGCAGCAAGUCGAGGAGAAUGGAAGCCUUAGCCUCAUGAUGAAUGGUACUAGCAUUCCUCAUCAAAACACCUCACACAGCACCCAGAAGGUGAGUUUCUUAAAACAAGAACCAUCUGACGAUUAUUCUUCCACUGCUGAUCUUUUUCGACAUCAUCAGGGGCUGCCUCCCCCUUACCAUCUACACCAGCAACUAAGCCAGACUCAAGGGACACUGCCUCACUUACACACCUCUAUGUCUCCCAAGUCCCUUCAGCCCAGCGACGGGGAUGAACAGGACCUCAGCAAUGGCAAACAGGUCUGUCAGUGGAUUGACUGCAGUGCCACUUACGACCAACAAGAUGAACUGGUCAGACACAUAGAAAAGACUCACAUUGACCAGCGGAAAGGAGAGGACUUCACUUGCUUUUGGGCAGGCUGUGUCCGCCGAUAUAAACCCUUCAAUGCUCGUUACAAACUGCUGAUUCAUAUGAGGGUUCAUUCUGGAGAAAAACCAAACAAGUGCAUG